AUGAUCCAAGUUGUCUACUUCCAAUCCAGAUCCAGAGGGUCAUUGAGGAGCUGGAUUACUCUCGCAUUGGACGACGAUGGGAACCUAUCAGAGAUCGGGAUCAUAAUCUCUGAGUUGCCAUUGGACGCUCAGAUGGCCAAGGCUCUGCUGGCGUCCUGUGAGUUUGAUUGUGUGAACGAGGUGGUGACCAUCGCAGCUAUGCUAUCAGCGCCAAGCUGCUUCCUGGAGCCACCUGUUGGCAGGACCCAAGAGGUACAACAGUGUCACAGAAAGUUCUGGCACCCUGAGGGAGACCACUUCACCCUCAUCAACAUCUACAACGCCUUCAAGUACAGCCAGAGAGAGACAUGUGAGUUAGUUACUUCAAAUGCAGACAGAAAGACAGUCAUUAACAUCCAUUGAGCUCAAAAAAGCAUCACAUUGUGAAAUACUUCACUAUACGGUGCCUUCGGUAAGGAUUCAGACCCCUUGACUUUUUCCACGUUUUGUUAGGUUACAACCU